AUGGCUAUGCAGCUUGAAGCAAAUGCAGACACUUCACUGGAAGAAGAAAGCUUUGGCCCACAACCGAUUUCACGGUUAGAGCAAUGUGGCAUAAAUGCCAAUGAUGUGAAGAAAUUGGAAGAAGCUGGAUUCCAUACUGUGGAGGCUGUUGCCUAUGCACCAAAGAAGGAGCUAAUAAAUAUUAAGGGAAUUAGUGAAGCCAAAGCUGAUAAAAUUCUGGCUGAGGCAGCUAAAUUAGUUCCGAUGGGUUUCACCACUGCAACUGAAUUCCACCAAAGGCGGUCAGAGAUCAUACAGAUUACUACUGGCUCCAAAGAGCUUGACAAACUACUUCAAGGUAUGCUUCCGAUUGACCGGGGUGGAGGUGAAGGAAAGGCCAUGUACAUUGACACCGAGGGUACCUUUAGGCCAGAACGGCUGCUAGCAGUGGCUGAGAGAUAUGGGCUCUCUGGCAGUGAUGUCCUGGAUAAUGUAGCAUAUGCUCGAGGGUUCAACACAGACCACCAGACCCAGCUCCUUUAUCAAGCGUCAGCCAUGAUGGUGGAAUCUAGGUAUGCACUGCUUAUUGUAGACAGUGCCACCGCCCUCUACAGAACAGACUAUUCCGGUCGAGGUGAGCUCUCAGCCAGACAGAUGCACUUGGCCAGGUUUCUGCGGAUGCUUCUGCGACUUGCUGAUGAGUUUGGUGUAGCAGUGGUAAUCACCAACCAGGUGGUAGCCCAAGUGGAUGGAGCAGCCAUGUUUGCUGCAGAUCCAAAAAAACCUAUUGGAGGAAACAUCAUUGCCCAUGCGUCAACAACCAGACUGUACCUGAGAAAAGGAAGAGGGGAAACCAGAAUCUGCAAAAUCUACGACUCUCCUUGUCUUCCUGAAGCUGAAGCUAUGUUUGCCAUAAAUGCAGAUGGAGUGGGAGAUGCCAAAGACUGAAUCACUGGUUUUUUUCCCAGUGAUAAACCUUAAACGCUGCAGUCUAAUGAAGAGGACUACCUGCUGGAGUUCUAU